GCUCCUCCCCCGGCUCCUGGAACAACAUGGCGGAGACAAUGAGAGCGGCGGAGAGGCGCCAAAUCUGAGCCGCACUCCGCGCGGAACGCCCGGGGCCAGGGACUCGAGUCAUCCGGCUCCUCAUGAACGCUACCCCCGCCAUUCCCGAGUCGCUCGUUAAAAUCGUUUUCCUUCUCUCCCCUGAGCCGUUUACCCCCGUCAGACCGGGAGCUGUAAUAAGGAGGGCGGCCAUUAUUAGUGGUUAACCCCUUCCUGACCCCGCACUUUCGCCCCCUUUUCCUCUGUGACCUUUUUGGAGGAGGGGGGGGUCACCAUGAAGUUAAACGACAACGUGUUACGCAGUUUCCGCGUGGCCAAAGUUUUCCGUGAAAAUUCCGAUAAGAUUAACUGCUUCGACUUCAGUCCGACCGGAGAGACCGUGAUUUCCAGCAGCGACGACGACUCCAUCGUGCUGUACGACUGUCAGGAGGGAAAGCCCAAGAGGACGUUGUACAGUAAGAAGUACGGCGUGGACCUCAUCCGCUACACGCACGCCGCCAACACCGUGGUCUACAGCUCCAACAAGAUUGACGAUACAAUCCGAUAUCUGUCGCUUCAUGAUAACAAAUACAUCCGGUAUUUUCCAGGCCACAAUAAAAGGGUUGUGGCCCUCUCCAUGUCUCCGGUGGAUGACGCCUUUAUUUCUGGAUCUUUGGAUAAAACGAUCAGGUUAUGGGACCUUCGCUCUCCGAACUGUCAGGGUCUGAUGCACCUGCAGGGGAAGCCGGUCUGCUCCUUUGACCCCGAGGGCCUUAUUUUUGCAGCGGGGGUGAAUUCUGAGAUGGUGAAGCUGUACGAUCUGCGGUCCUUUGAUAAGGGUCCGUUCGCCACCUUUAAGAUGAAUUAUGACCGGACCUGUGAGUGGACGUCGCUCAAAUUCAGCAACGAUGGAAAAUUAAUACUACUGGCCACCAACGGCGGCUUCCUGCGGCUGGUGGACGCCUUUAAAGGGGCUGUACUGCACACAUUCGGGGGGUAUAACAACAGUAAGGGCGUCACCCUUGAAGCCUCGUUCACCCCAGAUUCGCAGUUCAUUAUGAUUGGGUCAGAGGAUGGGAAGAUCCAUGUGUGGAAUGGAGAGAGCGGCAUGAAAGUUGCUGUGCUGGACGGGAAACACACCGGCCCCAUCACCUGCCUGCAGUUCAACCCCAAAUUCAUGACCUUCGCCAGCGCCUGCUCUAACAUGGCUUUCUGGCUGCCGACUAUUGACGACUGAGUCCAUCCCCUGCCCCGGCCGCCAUCUAUAACUGGGAUCCAUAUGAAGUAAGAAGCAUGGCUUCCCUACGCUCUCCAGUGUUACCCCCGUGACUGCACGUGGCGCCGCUUUGCUGAUGUUGAGGAGGAUUCUGGUGUCGUCACAUGGAGCGCAUGUACUUCCUGUGCUGGUUAUGAAGACCACCUUAUUAUUUUAUCAUCUACAGAUACGUACGCGGAUGGCCGGCUGCUCCAUCAGUUCUGUCGGGUUUUUCGGAUCAUUGAUUGACUGUUGUAGGCUUGAGCUAUUCGAGCUUCGGAACAUAGAUCUGAAGUCGAUUUCUUAAAAAACUUUCAAAUGCUUUCUCCGUUCAGCGGUAAAAUGUAUAGGCUCCACGUAGCAAAACUUUUUGGAAGAAGUUGUGCGAGGCUUCGGUGAAUGUCUUCAGUAUCCGAAGUGGGCUUUGGUACUGAGGUAUCGGCCAGAAUCAAAGCAGACUUCAGAUCCCUGUUUUUAAAUAUGCAGAUAGGAAUUCCGUAGACUUGCGCGACUUCGCCCGAGACAGAGUUUUGCUGCACAGAGCCAAUACGUUUUAAUGCUGUGUGGAAAUGGCAUUACAAAUGAAGUAUAUACCAAAUCAACUUUGGAUCUAUGAUCUGAAGCUCGGUUCCCUUGUCAUUACUUUCUGUACUGAGUUCCCAUAAAGCACUAGUCCUGGGGCGUGAGGCCUUUUUAUUUUAUCACUGCCUUUGGGGUGACCGGCAUCUGAUGUGAUUAUAGAUUUUUAUGUUCUGUGUCAGGAUGGACAAUGGUUCUGGACCCGGUCACACCACAGGAUGUGUCUGCUGUCAUGGCCGGUUCAUAUUUUGAGCGUUGUCACUUUAUAAAUCCUCUGUUUUACAGUUUUAAAAUCUCUGCUUGCUGUCAUGCCAUAUGAACGUCUGGUGUUUGCUUCCGGUGGAUAUAAAUCUGUCCUGUCACAUGCAGGUCCUAUUACCAGACACUGCUCUGCUUGCUUGCAGCACUUGGCAUGAGGUAUAUCCAAAUUGAAGGUUUCUACUGACUGCAAGCAGAGAUCUUAAACACUGGGAGGAAUUGCCUGUGUAUUGCAAAGUUUUCCUUAUUUCAAGGAUAACUUUUUUUUUUGGCAGAAACCAGGGUAUUUCUUUAAUGUGCGGGCACGUUCUGACCGCUGUCAGCUCCGCAGUGCUUUAUUAAACGGUAAUUCAUUUAUUAUUAAUCACAGCAGGCGAGAGACGAAAGGAACGUCAUGAACCCGUCCGCCACAUGAUUCAUGAUCCGCCAAUGUUUGGAUCCAUCCUCAGUACCGAUCAUCUGGGUCUAAUCCAAUGUACGAUUAAUAUACGCUCCCUGUAGAUGAAUCUUCACCUGUGUCCUCUCAUCGUGGCUGGUCCUCCAUCUAUAGCGACCGUACGGUACGUUCUUCCAGACGCUGAGAGGACGUGAGGCGGUACAGUGUGGACAUCGGCAGGUAAUCUGCUGGAUCGCUUGCUGUUAGUUUCUGUCUGCCUCUUGUCGGAGCCGGCGCUGUCUGUGUAGGAGAGGUUUCUAUUAAAGUAAAUGAAUUGGAGACUAUUGAUUAUAGCGCAGGAGGCAGAUCUUUCCUUCUAGUGUCUGGACUGAAGAGUCUUCAGACGGCUCCAUUAUGCUAAGAUCUAGAGGCACAAUGCAGCUGCACCCUUUACUAUGCCAUCAAAGUCCGAUGAGCGCUCGUCCUGUACCUCUGGGGGAAAAAAAAAGCUGAGCGCGGAUGUCCCAUAGAAAUCAAUAGAAUGCACCCACCGCUCCGUUCACUUCUAGGGCUUGGAAAUGGCCGAGCCAGUAUAUGGCCAUUUCUGGAACUCCUAUAGAAAUGAAUGGAGGGCAGCUGCGCAUGCACAACUGUUCUUCGCACGCUUCGGGGGUUCUGUUCUGGAGAUAGGACCUGCCCCUAUCUGACACCGAUGUCUCAAAUGUGACAACCCCUUAAGGGUAAGUUGCAUGCAGGACUGCACUGGUGCUCUCCAUAGACGCAGAUCCGGCAAAUUUUCUUAAAAGUGCUUUCUAAAUUUCAUAUGGAUUUUGCAGUGCAGCAUCGCCACAUGCA